GCCGCCGCCGCUGCUCCGGGAGGCAAGGGAAAGUUUCCAGCCUGCUCCGGCCACCCGAUCUUCCUCCCUUUUUUCUUUUUCGGUUGAAAAAAAGGUCCCGCCGGAGGAAGCCGGGCAGACUGAAGCGCGGAUCGUUGCGCUGGGACGGCGGUGCGCGCAAGAGGGAGCUGCGCCAAAGCGCAAAUCCAGGAUCUCUCUCUCUCUGUCUCCCCCUUCGGCGCGCAAGGAGGACAGCCGGGGGAGCCUUCUUUGCCCGGGAUGAGCCGGAGGGGGCGAAGGAGCCCCCCCACCCACAAAAGGGUCCGCAUCCGCGCUUGCUGUUAAACCUGCGGACCAGAGAAAGGGCGUAACUUUCUGUUUCCCCCUGUAAAACUCCGAGGAAGAAGGAUUCGACGGGGGAUCUGCGGCCAGGGCUGGACCCCCCUCCGCUCUGCUCUUGCCUUUCGGGUCAAGAGGAUGUUCCAGUCGCUGUGGGUGUUCCGGAAAGCGCCGCUCGCGUUGGGUUUUCCCGGGAAAUCCAACGUGCCGCCGCUCGUCUCCUGGAGAGCUCGCCCUCCUCUGGAAUUGAUUUUGGAGGGAGAAAUGAGCGUGCCCCCUGUACAGAUCUGUCAGGAUUUGAGUGUCUGCUAGAAGCUGCAGGUUCCUGGACAUAGUUUCGUUUUCCCUCCAUCGUAAAGCAAUGGGCGGCGGCGUGUGCCUAUAAAGGGACUGGCCAUGGACUUUCCAUCCUCUGGGAAUUGAGCAGCGGGGGCGAGAGAGAGGGAGCGACUUCUGCCUCCUUCUCUGCUGGGCUUUUGCCAAACUGAGGCAUUGUCAUAAUCACCGUCAUUAUUCUCUUUUUCAAGCAAAGGAGGCAAAAGGGAGAGGGCAAGAGCGAGCGUGUUGGGAAGGAAAGAGCAAACCCAAGGGUGGACGUGGAAGUAGUAGACGCUUGUUGAUCGCAGCACUGGUGAUUGUGAUUAUCUGCGGUGAGGAUUUAGGACUCCCUUGACCAGUUCAGAAGAAAGCCGUCCUUUCAGGUGCCUGCCCAGUGUUGGGGGAAGAAGAGCUGCCAAAGACACCCCCACUUGUUCCUAGUCUUCUCCCUAACCCCUGCUGCCAGAAAAGGAAUGCCGUCUUUUGCCAGCAAGUGGAUUCUUCAGCGCCCUUUCAUCUUCUGGAUCCCUUUUGCCACCAUCCUCGUCUUCGCCACUGUCACUCUCUCCUUCAAAGCUUGCCCCAUCCACCCGCCCCUCCGUGCUAAGCCUCAGCUGCUCUCCACAUUCCCCCUCCCCUCCUCUUCCCCCUCCCCUCUCCUCCACUUAGCAUCCUGUCUCCUUCCAGUCCACCCCCUCCUUAUCCCCCCGUCUCUCCUCCUUCCCCGGCCUUCCCUUCUUCCCCUUCCCACCCACCCGCCCCUCCUCUCUAGCUGCUAGUGUUCUUUUCUCCUUGGCCACCCCCUUGGGCUUCUUUCAGCCUGCCUCCUGUCCUCCUCAAGAGCAGGCUUUUGCCCCUAGUCUUCUCCCCUUCCAGCUCUCCCUGUUCUGGCUCUCCUCCACUUCUGGCCAGGUGCUGCUUUACCCCUCCCCUCCUAGGAUGGCUCUGGUGGUGACCCCCUGGCAGGAGGAGCUUCCUGGGGGUCCCCCGGGGGUCCCCCUGCAACCGGCACCAAUCCCCCAGGAGCCUGGCGGGGGAAGCAGCGGGGAGGGCAAGGGGCCGGUCGUGGACUGCCUGGUGUGCGGGGACAAGGCCAGUGGGAAGCACUACGGGCAGUUCACCUGCGAGGGCUGCAAGAGCUUCUUCAAGCGCUCCGUCCGCCGGAACCUCAGCUACACCUGCCGUGCCAGCCGGCAGUGCCCCGUCGACCAGCACCACCGUAACCAGUGCCAGCACUGCCGACUCACCAAGUGCCUCAAGGUUGGCAUGCGCCGUGAAGCCGUCCAGCGGGGGCGCAUGGCACACACUCAGCCCAGCCCGGGCCAGUAUCCACUGACGAACGGGGACCCCUACAAUUGCCACUCCUACCUGACGGGCUUUAUCUCCCUCCUGCUCCGGGCGGAGCCUUACCCAACCUCUCGCUAUGGUACCCAGUGCCUGCAGCCCAACAACAUCAUGGGCAUCGAGAACAUCUGUGAGCUGGCGGCCCGCCUCCUCUUCAGCGCCAUUGAGUGGGCCAAGAACAUUCCUUUCUUCCCCGACUUCCAGCUGGCUGACCAGGUCUGCCUGCUGCGCAUGACCUGGAGUGAGCUCUUCGUCCUCAACGCGGCCCAGUGCUCCAUGCCGCUCCACGUGGCCCCCCUCCUGGCUGCUGCUGGCCUCCACGCCUCCCCCAUGUCUGCUGACCGCGUGGUGGCCUUCAUGGACCACAUCCGGGUCUUCCAGGAGCAGGUGGAGAAACUGAAGGCUCUGCACGUCGACUCGGCCGAAUACUCCUGCCUGAAAGCCAUUGCGCUCUUUACGCCAGAUGCAGUGGGACUGACGGAUCUGUGCCACGUGGAGAAUGUCCAGGAGAAGUCACAGUGCGCCUUGGAAGAAUACGUCCGGAACCAGUACCCCAACCAGCCAAGCCGUUUUGGGCGCCUCCUCCUGCGCCUCCCCUCCCUGCGCAUCGUCUCCGCCCCUGUGAUCGAGCAGCUCUUCUUUGUCCGCUUGGUGGGCAAGACUCCCAUUGAGACGCUGAUUCGGGACAUGCUGCUUUCAGGGUCCAGCUUCAACUGGCCAUACAUCCCCAUUCAGUGAAGGCAGCUGGGAUGCUUUUGCCCCAAACUGGGUGACGGGGGAGGGGGAGCCUCACUGAUUCACAGACAAUGGGCUGUCGCUUAGGUGGCUGGAGGGCCUCUCAAAAGGGCGCCCUCUGAGACAGCCAGGAAAUGACAUCAAGUAGGUGGAGCCUGAGGGCACUUUCCUAGUUCCUUUUAGUCGUGGUGGGGCAUGUGGUUGGAAGAUCAGACUGCACCCUUUCAUAUUUAUACCAUAAACAGAACAGUGAGCCUGAGCCAUGUGUGGCUUUUUUUUUAAAAAAAUGUUUUGUCUACAACAAUCUUAGUCUUUGCCCCCAAGAGAACUAUACUGAAACAAGGGCAUUAUGGAUCCUGAACACGAGAUUGUUUAUUGUCCCGUUUCUAGGACCUAUACGUUCAUUGGUGGUUUUUCUGAGCCCACCCUUUCCAGUGGUGAAUGUUUUGUAGAUGACAGAACUGCCUACUAGGCGACCGUUUGCAGUAGGUUGCGACACACUGUUGGUGGCAAACUACAAUGCUUGGGACUUGCUUAGCCUCCGUUGUGCAGUGAGACCUCGUGCUCUUUCACCUUCCCUUUUGUGUUGGGGCAUAAAUGUGUAAAGGAAAAAGAAGUUCUGGGGCCAUUGGGAAAAAAAAGACUUGCCUCUCCAGCCUGAUUCGGUGGAGAAAAAUAACUUGCCUCUUCAGGCCCACCUCCAUGUAUGUGUGAGAAUGACCUUUACAAUACUGCAAGGAGCCCCAAAGUAUUACAGGAUCCCUCCUCUGCUGGAUAAAAUUACAGCCUAGGGAAUUGUCUAGGUUCCGUGAUGAUUGGGAGUGGGGGGAGGAUGCGAUACCGGAUAUGGAAGAAAUCAACCGAGGUAGCUGGAGUUCAUGUCAGUGGGGUGGUGGUGGAGGGGGGCACAUUGUUUUUUAAAAGAGGGCUGAAAUGUCUUGGGGAGAAACUUACUAUUUAUAAAAUAAAAGAAACCCAGAUUAUAUCCUAUUCU